AUGAGGCCCUCGGUUCGUUCUUGCUUCGCCGCCGUGGCCUUUGGUGCUGCUGCGUCUAUGGCUCAGGACUUUUGUGCGCCUGUUACCGAAUAUGUCACUGUCACUGCUGUUGAGCCUAUUGCCUCAGAGGUUACUACCAUGGAGACCCCUUCAAGCGACUUGAUGCCAGCCACCGAUGUCUUUGCCAUCACGACUUCAGAGUCAUUCUGCGAACUUUCGCCUGUGACGAUCACUACUACGCUUGAGCCAACGACGAUUACGGUAUAUACUAGCCCCACUGAACCCUCGGUCGCGGAAACAGAAUGCAGUCUUUCAACUGUCUGGGAGACCGAGAUCCUCGAACCCACUACGGUCACUAUCUAUCCAAGCUCUAUCGCGAUGUCGAGUAUGGACAUGCAUUCAAUUGUUUCGUUGCAGAGCGAUGCAGCCCCCGAAGUUGCCCCUACUACCAAGGUUACUCAGGACAUCCCUUAUGGCCCGUCGAGCCCAGUCGUCCCUGCACCCACUCCAACGCCAUCAUCUGUGGUAGAAUCCCCUUCAUUCGUAUUAGUUUCCCAGGUUGAAGGCACGAAGACUUCGUCUACAUUACCUGCUGCGAGUCAGACACAUGAGGAUACUACCGGCUACGCCAGCAAGUCGGGUCAGGCGACUUUCUAUGACGGGAACGUAGAUGGCGGGAUGUGUUCUUUUACUGGCUACAAGAUACCAUCUGGCAUUUUCGGCACCGCGCUCUCUGACUCCAAUUGGGAUAACGCCGGCGCUUGCGGCGCUUGUAUGGAAGUCACAGGUCCCUCUGGUAAAAAGAUAACUGCGAUGGUUGUCGACCAAUGCCCAGGCUGUGGCACAAACCACCUUGAUCUAUUCAGGGAGGCCUUUGCAGAGCUAGCCGAACCGAGCAAGGGCGUCAUUGAUGUCUCCUGGUCCAUUGUCCCCUGUGGCAUCACCUCACCCAUCACGCUCAAGAACAAGUCUGGCACGAGCAAGUACUACUUCAACAUCCAGGUUGAAAACUCAAACGUGCAGGUACAGAAGGUCGAUGUCAGCACUGACGGUGGGAAGACCUGGAAAGACACCACGCGCAAAGAUUACAACUACUUCGAGAUCCACGAGGGUACGGGCACAGACAGUGUCUCCGUCAAGAUCACGAGUGUCGGAGGGAAGACGAUUACGGUUCAUGAUGUUAGCUGCGCCGAUAGCGCUACGAUGAGUGCUGGAAGCAACUUCUAG